UGCAGCUGAGGGUUUUACGAGGUGCACCUGAAGGCAGCACAGGGAGGUGCAGCAAGCCCGUCGCUGCGUCGCUUCUCCCCUUCCUCCUCCUCCUUCAGGUAGCACCUGCAACUCCGAGAGAUGGAGACCUGCUAAGCACGGUGAGCUGACGGGAGAGCGGCUGGACAGAGAAAGAAAAGGAGAAGCGGAAACACUGAAGCAUAUGCCAUGAUGUCUGGGCAGUCGGUGACCAUCCCGGACGACAGGGCGUUCGCCAGCUUCAAGGCGGAGUGUCUGUGCGAGGAGGGCUGGAGUCUUUCCUACAGCAAGGGGGGCAUCACCGUGUGGACCCAGGGUCUGGAGGAAGGGAAGGCUGUCCACAAAAUGAAGUGUCGCAUGGUGUGCAAGGAUGUGCCAGGUGAGACGAUGUACGAUGUUCUUCAUGACAUCGAGUACAGAAGAAAAUGGGACUCAAAUGUGAUUGAGACGUUUGAUAUUGGGAAGCUCACGGUCAACGCAGACGUUGGUUAUUACUCAUGGAAGUGUCCAAAACCUCUUCGGAACCGCGAUGUCAUUACGCUUCGCUCCUGGCUGCCAAUCGGAAAAGAUUACAUCAUCAUGAACUACUCUGUUAAACAUGCCAAAUACCCACCCAAAAAGGACAUGGUGCGAGCCGUUUCCCUCCAGACAGGUUACAUGAUCCAGAGCACGGGUCCCAGUCACUGUACCCUUACUUACAUGGCCCAGGUAGACCCACGAGGUUCAUUACCCAAGUGGGUGGUCAACAAGUCGUCUCACUUCCUCGCUCCUCGUGCAAUGAAAAAGAUCAACAAGGCCUGUUUGAAGUAUUCAGAGUGGAAGCAGAGACAUAACCCUGGUUUGAAGCCCUGGCUGUACCCUGAACAGACUACAUUACCCAACAUCCCCCUCUCUGAGCUGAGCAUUCAACACGCGGAGAGCCUGGAGAACAUCGACGAGAGCUCCUUGGCUGAGACUCACGAGAGAGAAGACAGCGACUAACACAGACACGUGCACUGACAGUCACACCAACAGCAAUGCAGGGAUACAUAAACACUCGUUAAACAUCUGGAAAUACCUGUAUGUAUGAACGUGAUUCUGUUUAGAGAAUGUAUAUCGUACAUGCAAUGCAAACAUAUUGAUGUGUUUAGGCAUUCAUGCACAAAGACUUUACAGACCCAGUCCCAUACAUAUAGAUACUUCCUGAGUCUAUAUACUUUUAUUAGACAACAAACUAAUAUUUGGUCAAAUCAAAUAAAAGUAACUAUAGUUUUUUUUUUCCCACACGAACAUCAGCAGAGAUGACAUAAAAUAUAUUUUCACAUACAUUUUAAGGUUUAAAAACUAAACGGAACACGUGUUACUGCAGUUAUUUAAAAUAUGACACGUUUCUAUACACAGUGUAAUCCCACAAUGGUGUGGAUUCAGAUACGUUCACACUCAGUUUGCCUCUGCCUAUAGUGUCUCUGUUGCUCUUUAUGUGUCCAUCACAGUCUGUAAGCACAUAAUUUAUAUGCAGGCGUGCAAAAGGCAGCUGGAACACACACACACACACACACACACACACACACACACACACACACGCUGAUUUACAACCGUCUGCUUCUCUAUUUGAGAGCUGUAUGAAUAUAUCUAGACUUUAAAUAAAUGCAGAUUCCUACAAAGGUUUUUCCAAUUUUCA